AUGGCUGAAGCAGGAAUUUUGGAGUAUAAGAUUCCUUUCACACUGAUGGGCUACUUGGCAAAAGAGACCGAAUACCUACCCUGGCAAUCGGCCAUCGACUCCAUCCGCAAAAUUGGAAACUAUUUCGGGUCUGAACCCGAGAUAAAGCAUCUUAGGGCUUAUAUCAAGAAAAUCGGACUUCCGCUUUACCACAACGCUUCGGUGGACCAUGUCACGGAUACGUACCUGAAUGAUGAUACGUAUUUUGAAAACCUGCUCGAGUCGCGCUCGAUCGCGUUUAUGUGCUCUGCACGAGAUGCCAGCUGUCUAUCAACAUAUGUUGACCACUUUAAGACUCAAUUCCUGGACAAUUGUGAUGGAACGCAGAUGUCGAGCAAGUGCAGCAAAGCCUCGGUUCCGCUGCGUGCGGGAAUUUAUUGUGAAGGGGUUGCGGCCGGUGAUCGUGGAGUUUGGGCACGCGUUUUUGAGGCUUAUCAGAUGGAGAGCAAUCAGGUCGAAAAGAGCUCCUUGCUGUACGCCCUGUCCUGCAGCCGUGAAGUGGACGUCUUGAAGGAACUGCUCGCCCACGCGCUAAAUUGGCCGGCCGGUGUGGUACGGCUCCAAGACGUCGACUCGGUGUUCAGCUUCGUUUCGGUGAACCCGACUGGCAGGGCAUUUUUGUUCGGUUAUCUGCUCGACAAAUGGUCGACAAUUUAUGCGAGCCUAAAAUCGGACCAGGGCAGCCUGCGGCAUACCGUAAAGUAUUGUACAAAUCCGAUUCGCACAAAGUGGGAGGUGGACGAGCUCGAAAACUUCCAAAAAACACAACCAACCGAGCUUGCCAAGCACGCUUUUGAAGAAGCGAUCGCCCUGGGUCGACAACGGGUCGCCUGGAUCUCCAAGAACUAUGACAGCCUCACAAAUUUUUUUAAAAUACAAACUUUG